UUUUUGUUCAGAAAACGAUUUAACCUUCCACAAUAUAGAUUUCUCGACAUUUGAAUCGAAUUUAACUCAUAAAGAUUUUGCACAGAAACUAAAACCAAUUCUUCGCUCAAAGUAUCGCAAUUUAGGAAGCAAAAUGGGAAAAUCUCUGAUAAUAAAGUACUUUAAAGACUACAAAAACGAGAACAAAUCUCACAUAAAUCUCCGCAAACGUCGUCAAACAAGUAUGAUUAACUUUAUUCAGGAUAUCUACAAAACUCAGAUUCUGGCUCAGACUCAGACUUGCCUCCAAGAAAGGCAAAAAAACGAUCAAAAGUUGUCCAAUUUAUUCAAACUAAAGAAUUUCGAAGACGACAGCGACCAAAGCGAAGACAUGUACACCGAACUACGUCCAAGGAAGCGCAGAUUGGAUUCCGACAACGAAGAAAUGUCCAACAUGGAGGAAAACCACGAUUAUUGUGACAUUUGUAUGCAAGGUGGGGAAAUUAUGCUGUGUGACUCCUGUCCUCGCUCUUAUCACCUGAUUUGCAUUCUUCCUGACAUGAACAAUCCUCCAGAAGGGGUUUGGAAUUGUCCGACAUGUGUAUAUCCACUUCCCGACCACGUAUAG